CUGCCGGCCGUCUGAUGGGAACGAUCGGAUGACCCCGGCGGCCGACGGUGCUUUGGAGGGAACGCGACUGGGCCGCCCGAUCCGGUGCCCUAGCCCCCCCGCGCCCACUAUAAAAUCCGCCCCCUUUCUGGGCACUCGCUCAUUUCAUUUACCACACCACCUUCCUCUCCUCGCUCUCCCUAUUCUGGACGGCCGACUCGCUUCUGUGAGCUCCCCUCCCACCUGCAGCUACCGGCCUUAGAUCCAGCCAUGAGGGAGAUUCUCCACAUCCAGGGCGGCCAGUGCGGUAACCAGAUCGGUUCCAAGUUCUGGGAGGUCGUCUGCGACGAGCAUGGUAUCGAUCCCACCGGACGCUAUGUCGGCACCUCCGACCUCCAGCUCGAGCGCGUCAAUGUCUACUACAACGAGGCCUCAUGCGGCCGCUUCGUGCCGCGCGCUGUGCUCAUGGACCUCGAGCCUGGCACCAUGGACAGCGUCCGCACCGGACCGUACGGCCAGAUCUUCCGCCCCGACAACUUUGUCUUCGGACAGUCUGGCGCGGGGAACAACUGGGCCAAGGGCCACUACACAGAGGGCGCAGAGCUCAUUGACUCCGUGCUUGACGUUGUCAGAAAGGAGGCUGAGAACUGCGACUGCCUCCAAGGCUUCCAAGUCUGCCAUUCCCUUGGAGGAGGCACUGGAUCUGGAAUGGGCACGCUUCUCAUUUCAAAGAUCAGAGAGGAGUACCCUGAUCGGAUGAUGCUGACAUUUUCUGUCUUUCCCUCGCCCAAGGUGUCAGACACUGUUGUUGAGCCAUACAAUGCAACCCUGUCUGUCCAUCAGUUGGUUGAGAACGCUGAUGAAUGCAUGGUUCUUGACAACGAAGCACUUUAUGACAUUUGCUUCCGAACUCUGAAGCUGACGACCCCUAGCUUUGGAGACUUGAACCACUUGAUCAGUGCAACGAUGAGUGGUGUCACUUGCUGCCUCCGCUUCCCAGGACAGCUUAACUCUGACCUGCGCAAGCUUGCAGUCAACCUGAUCCCGUUCCCUCGGCUCCACUUCUUCAUGGUUGGCUUUGCGCCACUCACCUCGCGUGGCUCGCAGCAGUACCGUGCGCUCACUGUCCCUGAGCUAACCCAGCAGAUGUGGGAUGCCAAGAACAUGAUGUGUGCUGCUGACCCACGCCAUGGUCGUUAUCUCACAGCCUCUGCCAUGUUCCGUGGCAAGAUGAGCACUAAGGAGGUUGAUGAGCAAAUGAUUAAUGUCCAGAACAAGAACUCGUCCUAUUUUGUGGAGUGGAUCCCCAACAACGUCAAGUCCAGUGUUUGUGAUAUCCCUCCGCGUGGCCUCUCCAUGGCCUCCACCUUCAUUGGCAACUCCACGUCCAUCCAGGAGAUGUUCCGCCGUGUGAGCGAGCAGUUCACUGCUAUGUUCAGGAGGAAGGCUUUCUUGCAUUGGUACACUGGUGAGGGCAUGGAUGAGAUGGAGUUCACCGAAGCUGAGAGCAACAUGAACGAUCUGGUGUCCGAGUACCAGCAGUACCAGGAUGCCACUGCUGAUGAGGAGGCGGAAUACGAGGACGAGGAGGCCAUCCAAGACGAGUAAGGGUGGUUUGGGCCCUGCCACAUUUGUACCCUUGUUUCCUUUCAUUCCGGGGCUUGCCUAUGGUUUGCUUGUUGUAUUCGCUCAAGUUAUGCGGUAUGUAGUAGUACUUUCGUGCGUAGCAUGCUGUAUGCUACCACAAAGACUUUGUUCACCUGCACUGCUUGAUAUGCCAGCCAUGGCAUAUGUGACGAGUAUUUCAUUAUUUUAUCUGCUUGCUUGCUCC